UUCCUCAUGUAUUUAAAAGCAAACUGUAAACAUUAAUUUUCUUUCUUCAGUCUUAUUUUACAGUUGUUCUUUUAAAUAUGGUGCGUUGAGCACAUUCCUUAAACUUCCUUUUUUCCCAGUGUCCCACUGAUAUUUUAAAGAUUGAAUUAAACCACAAUUCUGAAAAGCAAGAACAGAUGUUAUCAUAUUAGUCAAACUACCUUAAAGAGGAACAAAAGGACCUCAUUAGGUCUGUGAGUUUAAUGUAUGUUAGCAUGUGUGUGGGGAAAGAGGGGAGAAGAUCCAACCUAGGUGUGGAUAAAUCCGGAUUUGAAUGAUGUCAUCAGCACUGUUUCUCCCAACAUUUUUAGUCUCUCUUUUCUUCUGUUUUAGCUUUGUUUUCAGCCAGGCAAUGAUGGCUGCCAAAGGAAAGGGGAUGGGAUAUCCUAGCCAGACCUGAGUCAUGUUGCCACCCCUGUUGUGGUUGGGAAGAAUCACCUCCUAAAUCACAUGGAAUGUUUUCCCCACAGACAAGAGGGAUUAUGUUACUAGAAAAAGGGGGUGGGGAGAAAGCAUGUUGAACAGUAAAAUUACAGUUCACAGUCCACUACAGGUACCAUCAGAGGACCAGAAAUUUUGAAGAAGAUAGAAAGUUCACCGGAUCGGAUUGACAGCAAAAUCUCAGAAGGAACGGAACCCAAGAUACCAGAGGUGGAGUCUUUCAUUUUGGAUCAGGAUGAUUUGGAAAAUCCAAUGCUGGAAACGGCUUCCAAGUUGCUCUUGUCAGGUACUGCUGAUGGUGCAGACCUCAGGACAGUAGAUCCAGAAACACAAGCCAGACUGGAAGCUUUACUAGAAGCUGCAGGAAUAGGCAAAUUAUCUACGGCUGAUGGUAAAGCCUUUGCAGAUCCUGAAGUGCUUCGGAGGUUGACGUCGUCUGUUAGUUGUGCGUUGGAUGAAGCUGCUGCUGCACUUACCCGGAUGAGAGCUGAAAGCACAGCGAAUGCAGGGCAGUCGGACAACCGCAGUUUGGCAGAAGCCUGUUCAGAAGGAGAUGUAAAUGCUGUGCGAAAGUUACUCAUUGAAGGGCGGAGCGUAAAUGAGCACACUGAGGAAGGGGAGAGCCUCCUUUGUUUAGCUUGUUCUGCUGGAUACUAUGAGCUUGCACAGGUUUUGUUGGCAAUGCAUGCAAAUGUGGAAGAUAGGGGAAUCAAAGGUGACAUUACACCUUUAAUGGCUGCUGCUAAUGGAGGACAUGUCAAAAUUGUGAAGUUGCUGCUAGCUCAUAAAGCCGAUGUCAAUGCACAGUCUUCAACAGGCAAUACAGCACUUACAUAUGCUUGUGCUGGAGGCUAUGUAGAUGUUGUAAAGGUGCUCUUGGAAUCCGGUGCUAGUAUCGAGGACCAUAAUGAAAAUGGUCAUACUCCUCUUAUGGAAGCUGGAAGUGCUGGACAUGUGGAAGUAGCCAGAUUGCUGCUAGAAAAUGGGGCUGGCAUUAAUACGCAUUCCAAUGAAUUUAAAGAGAGUGCCCUUACAUUAGCUUGUUACAAAGGACACCUAGAGAUGGUGCGAUUUCUUUUGGAAGCAGGGGCAGAUCAAGAGCAUAAAACAGAUGAAAUGCACACUGCUCUAAUGGAGGCUUGCAUGGAUGGCCAUGUUGAAGUAGCUAGGUUACUUCUUGACAGUGGUGCCCAAGUGAACAUGCCUGCUGAUUCAUUUGAGUCACCAUUGACUUUGGCUGCAUGUGGUGGGCAUGUGGAACUUGCAGCUUUACUUAUUGAAAGAGGAGCUAGCCUGGAAGAAGUCAAUGAUGAAGGUUAUACACCACUGAUGGAGGCAGCUCGUGAAGGACAUGAAGAAAUGGUGGCAUUACUUCUAGGCCAAGGAGCAAAUAUCAAUGCACAGACAGAAGAAACUCAAGAAACUGCCUUGACUCUGGCUUGCUGUGGAGGCUUUCUGGAAGUGGCAGACUUUCUAAUAAAGGCAGGAGCUGAUAUAGAACUAGGGUGUUCUACCCCUUUAAUGGAAGCUGCUCAAGAGGGUCAUUUGGAGUUAGUUAAAUACUUAUUAGCUGCAGGAGCUAACGUUCAUGCAACAACAGCAACAGGGGAUACAGCACUAACAUAUGCCUGUGAGAAUGGUCAUACCGAUGUAGCAGAUGUCCUACUUCAAGCAGGAGCAGAUCUGGAACAUGAAUCUGAAGGUGGAAGGACUCCUUUAAUGAAAGCUGCAAGAGCUGGUCAUGUUUGUACUGUUCAGUUCUUAAUUAGUAAAGGAGCGAAUGUGAAUAGAACUACAGCUAAUAAUGACCAUACUGUACUGUCCCUGGCUUGUGCAGGGGGUCAUCUGGCAGUGGUGGAACUACUUUUGGCUCAUGGGGCAGAUCCUACUCAUCGUUUAAAAGAUGGCUCAACUAUGUUGAUAGAAGCAGCAAAAGGUGGCCAUACGAGUGUUGUUUGCUAUCUUUUGGACUAUCCUAAUAAUUUGCUUUCGGCCCCUCCACCAGAUGUCACUCAGUUAACCCCCCCAUCCCACGAUUUAAAUAGGGCUCCUCGUGUACCAGUUCAAGCACUGCCCAUGGUUGUCCCACCUCAGGAGCCUGACAAACCACCUGCCAAUGUUGCCACUACUCUUCCCAUCAGGAAUAAAGCUGCUUCUAAACAAAAGUCCAGCAGCCAUUUGCCAGCAAACAGCCAGGAUGUACAGGGUUACAUCACCAAUCAGUCUCCAGAGAGCAUUGUAGAAGAGGCUCAGGGAAAGUUAACAGAACUGGAACAGAGGAUAAAAGAAGCCAUAGAAAAGAAUGCACAGCUGCAGUCCUUGGAACUGGCUCACGCUGACCAACUUACCAAGGAGAAGAUCGAGGAGCUGAACAAAACAAGGGAGGAACAAAUUCAGAAGAAACAAAAGAUUUUGGAGGAGCUACAGAAAGUAGAACGAGAGUUACAACUGAAAACUCAGCAGCAGCUAAAAAAGCAGUAUCUAGAGGUUAAAGCUCAAAGAAUUCAACUUCAGCAGCAGCAGCAACAGUCUUGCCAACAUCUGGGACUGCUAACUCCUGUUGGGGUUGGAGAACAGCUUUCCGAGGGAGACUAUGCACGGUUACAGCAAGUGGAUCCCGUUUUGCUUAAAGAUGAACCCCAGCAGACUGCUGCUCAGAUGGGUUUUGCACCAAUCCAGCCUCUGGCCAUGCCUCAAGCUUUGCCUCUGGCGGCAGGUCCCUUGCCUCCAGGGUCCAUCGCAAAUCUUACAGAACUGCAAGGAGUGAUAGUUGGACAGCCAGUACUGGGCCAAGCACAGUUGGCAGGGCUGGGGCAAGGAAUUCUGACAGAAACACAACAAGGGUUAAUGGUAGCCAGCCCUGCUCAGACCCUCAAUGACACGCUGGAUGACAUCAUGGCAGCAGUCAGUGGAAGAGCAUCUGCAAUGUCAAACACUCCUACACACAGUAUCGCUGCUUCCAUUUCCCAACCUCAGACUCCAACUCCAAGUCCUAUCAUCUCUCCUUCAGCCAUGCUUCCUAUCUACCCUGCCAUUGAUAUUGAUGCACAGACUGAAAGUAAUCAUGAUACGGCGCUAACACUUGCCUGUGCUGGUGGUCACGAGGAACUGGUACAAACACUGCUAGAGAGAGGAGCUAGUAUUGAGCACCGAGACAAGAAAGGUUUUACUCCACUUAUCUUGGCUGCUACAGCUGGUCAUGUUGGUGUUGUGGAAAUAUUGCUGGACAAUGGUGCAGACAUUGAAGCCCAGUCAGAGAGAACCAAGGACACACCGCUAUCUUUGGCUUGUUCUGGGGGAAGGCAGGAGGUGGUGGAGCUGUUGUUAGCUCGAGGAGCAAAUAAAGAGCACAGGAAUGUUUCUGAUUACACACCUCUAAGCCUGGCUGCUUCUGGUGGCUAUGUGAACAUUAUCAAAAUAUUACUAAAUGCAGGAGCAGAGAUUAAUUCUAGAACUGGUAGCAAAUUGGGCAUUUCUCCUCUGAUGUUAGCAGCUAUGAAUGGGCAUACAGCUGCUGUUAAGCUCCUGUUAGACAUGGGCUCUGACAUAAAUGCUCAAAUAGAAACCAAUCGGAACACUGCCCUUACCUUAGCCUGCUUCCAAGGAAGAACUGAAGUGGUUAGUCUUCUGCUUGAUAGAAAAGCAAAUGUGGAACACAGAGCUAAGACUGGCCUCACACCACUCAUGGAAGCUGCCUCUGGUGGAUAUGCAGAGGUGGGCCGAGUUCUUUUGGAUAAAGGUGCUGAUGUUAAUGCCCCUCCAGUGCCCUCUUCGAGAGAUACAGCUUUAACCAUAGCAGCAGAUAAAGGGCAUUAUAAAUUCUGUGAGCUUCUCAUUGGCAGGGGAGCUCACAUUGAUGUACGUAAUAAGAAGGGGAACACUCCAUUGUGGCUAGCAGCAAAUGGCGGACACCUUGAUGUGGUUCAGUUACUAGUACAAGCAGGUGCAGAUGUGGAUGCAGCAGACAACCGCAAGAUAACUCCUCUGAUGGCAGCAUUUAGGAAGGGUCAUGUGAAGGUGGUGCGCUACUUAGUCAAAGAAGUCAAUCAGUUUCCAUCAGAUUCUGAAUGUAUGAGAUACAUAGCAACCAUCACUGAUAAGGAGAUGCUGAAGAAGUGUCAUCUUUGUAUGGAAUCAAUAGUACAAGCCAAAGAUAGACAGGCUGCUGAAGCAAACAAAAAUGCCAGCAUUUUAUUAGAAGAGUUAGACUUGGAAAAGUUAAGAGAAGAAAGCCGGAGGCUGGCCUUGGCUGCCAAAAGAGAAAAGAGAAAGGAGAAGAGACGAAAGAAAAAGGAAGAGCAAAGAAGAAAACUAGAAGAAAUCGAAGCCAAAAAUAAAGAGAACUUUGAACUCCAAGCUGCUCAAGAAAAAGAAAAGCAUAAAGUUGAAGAUGAGCCUGAAGUCUUGACAGAGCCUCCAAGUGCCACAACCACUACUACCAUAGGUAUAUCUGCAACCUGGACAACUUUGGCAGGUUCCCAUGGUAAAAGAAAUAAUACCAUAACCACAACCAGUUCAAAGAGGAAAAACAGGAAAAAUAAAAUUACUCCAGAAAAUGUUCAGAUUAUAUUUGAUGAUCCACUACCAAUCUCAUAUAGUCAGCCAGAGAAGGUAAAUGGAGAGUCCAAGAGCAGCAGUACCAGCGAGAGUGGGGACAGUGAUAACAUGAGGAUUUCCAGCUGCAGUGAUGAAAGUAGUAACAGCAACAGCAGCCGAAAGAGUGACAAUCAUUCACCUGCUGUGGUGACUACCACGAUGACCAGCAAGAAGCAGCCAUCAGUUCUGGUUACAUUUCCAAAGGAGGAGAGAAAAUCUGUUUCUGGAAAGGCUUCAAUAAAAUUGUCAGAGACUAUCAAUGAAGUGACCAGUAAUUCUCUGUCUACUUGCACAAAAUCUGGUCCGUCUCCCCUUUCCUCUCCAAAUGGGAAGUUAACAGUAGCAAGUCCUAAGCGUGGACAAAAGAGGGAAGAAGGAUGGAAGGAAGUUGUAAGAAGGUCAAAGAAAGUAUCUGUUCCAUCAACUGUGAUAUCCAGAGUGAUUGGAAGAGGAGGCUGUAAUAUUAAUGCCAUUCGGGAGUUCACUGGUGCACACAUAGAUAUUGAUAAGCAGAAAGACAAGACAGGAGACCGGAUAAUAACCAUAAGGGGUGGCACUGAAUCAACAAGACAGGCAACUCAGUUGAUCAAUGCUCUGAUCAAGGAUCCAGACAAAGAAAUUGAUGAACUUAUUCCAAAGAAUCGUUUGAAAAGCUCCUCAGCAAAUUCCAAAAUAGGGUCAUCAGCACCUACCACCACUGCUGCUAACAGUUCCUUAAUGGGAAUUAAAAUGACGACUGUAGCUCUGUCAUCAACAUCUCAAACUGCCACAGCACUCACGGUGCCUGCAAUUUCUUCUGCAUCUACUCAUAAAACCAUUAAGAACCCAGUGAAUAAUGUGAGGCCUGGUUUUCCAGUUUCUCUUCCAUUAGCAUAUCCUCCUCCACAGUUUGCACAUGCUUUGCUUGCUGCUCAGACUUUCCAGCAGAUCCGUCCACCAAGGUUGCCCAUGACCCACUUUGGAGGUACUUUUCCACCAGCUCAAUCCACUUGGGGUCCUUUUCCUGUCAGGCCUUUGAGCCCUGCCAGAGCUACUAACUCGCCUAAGCCUCACAUGGUGCCUCGCCAUAGCAAUCAGAAUAGCAGUGGUUCUCAGGUGAAUUCAGCAGGUUCUUUAACUUCAAGUCCAACAACUACAACCAGUUCAUCAGCUUCAACGGUGCCUGGUACAUCUACAAAUGGCAGUCCAAGUUCACCUUCUGUCAGAAGGCAGCUUUUUGUCACAGUUGUGAAGACAUCCAAUGCCACCACCACAACAGUCACAACCACAGCAAGCAACAACAGCACUGCACCCACAAAUGCCACAUAUCCUAUGCCUACUGCCAAAGAACACUACCCAGUAUCAUCCCCAUCUUCCCCAUCACCACCAGCCCAGUCAGGAGGGGUUUCUAGAAACAGCCCUUUGGAUUGUGGAACAGCAUCUCCAAAUAAAGGGGCAUCUUCCUCUGAACAGGAAGCAGGUAGUCCACCAGUAGUAGAAACAGCAAACAGUAGACUUUCAAACAGCAGCAGUUCUUCUGGGAGUUCAUCAGUUCAUUCUACUCAGCAACAACCUCCGGGAUCUGUUUCUCAGGAGCCAAGACCACCUCUUCAGCAGUCUCAGGUUCCUCCCCCGGAAGUUAGAAUGACUGUUCCUCCUUUAGCAACAACAAGUUCUGCUCCAGUGGCGGUGCCUUCUACUGCCCCAGUGACUUACCCUAUGCCUCAGACACAAAUGGGAUGCUCCCAGCCUGCUCCUAAAAUGGAAACCCCUGCUAUUAGACCACCCUCUCAUGGCACAACGGCCCCUCACAAGAAUCCAGCUCCAGUGCAGAGUUCAUCUGUUGCAGUCCUAAGUGUCAAUCACAUUAAAAGACCUCACAGUGUUCCCUCUUCUGUCCAGCUACCUUCAACCUUAAGUACACAAAGUGCUUGUCAAAAUUCAGUACAUCCAGCAAAUAAGCCUAUUGCUCCCAAUUUCAGUGCCCCCUUACCAUUUGGGCCCUUUAGCACAUUGUUUGAAAACAGCCCUACUUCUGCUCAUGCCUUCUGGGGAGGAUCUGUUGUUUCAUCUCAGUCAACGCCAGAAUCUAUGCUAUCAGGAAAAUCCUCAUAUUUGCCAAAUUCAGAUCCUUUACAUCAGUCUGAUACUUCCAAAGCUCCAGGUUUUAGACCACCAUUACAGAGACCCGCUCCAAGUCCCUCAGGUAUUGUCAACAUGGACUCACCAUAUGGUUCUGUAACACCUUCUUCUACACAUUUGGGAAACUUUGCCUCAAACCUUUCAGGAGGUCAAAUGUAUGGACCUGGGGCACCCCUUGGAGGAGCACCCGCAGCUGCUAACUUUAACAGACAACAUUUUUCCCCACUUAGUUUGUUGACUCCAUGUUCAUCAGCAUCGAAUGAUUCUCCUGCACAGUCAGUAUCCUCUGGAGUUCGUGCACCUUCGCCUGCCCCAUCAUCAGUACCUUUAGGGUCAGAGAAGCCCAGCAACGUCUCUCAGGACAGAAAAGUUCCAGUCCCUAUUGGGACUGAACGUUCUGCACGUAUCAGGCAAACUGGAACUUCAGCUCCAUCUGUUAUUGGGAGUAAUUUAUCUACAUCAGUAGGGCAUAGUGGAAUCUGGUCUUUUGAAGGGAUUGGUGGCAAUCAAGAUAAAGUAGACUGGUGUAACCCUGGGAUGGGAAAUCCCAUGAUUCAUAGGCCAAUGUCCGAUCCAGGAGUGUUUUCACAGCAUCAAGCAAUGGAGCGAGAGAAUACAGGAAUUGUAACUCCUUCUGGUACAUUCCAUCAGCAUGUUCCUGCAGGAUACAUGGACUUUCCUAAAGUUGGGGGUAUGCCUUUUUCUGUGUAUGGGAAUGCAAUGAUUCCUCCAGUAGCACCUAUUCCUGAUGGUGCUGGAGGACCCAUAUUUAAUGGCCCUCAUGCUGCAGACCCCUCUUGGAACUCCCUGAUAAAGAUGGUUUCGAGCUCCACAGAAAAUAAUGGCCCUCAAACGGUGUGGACUGGACCCUGGGCACCUCACAUGAACAGUGUGCAUAUGAACCAGCUCGGCUGAUGAGGAUCGGCUUGUUAGCCUGCAGAUUCCUUUUCAUUCAGAGGAAAUCACAAGUGGCCGAAAAAAAUUCAUGCUCCCAAAUCAUUCUACUGAUGUGCUUGACUGAAGUGUGUAGGCUUUUUGCAGAAGAAGUUACUAACUGACCUAUUUUCUGUGAACAUUUGUGACUGCCCAUUCCCCACCACCAUCCGUUUUACCUUAGUUAGCAUUUUUCUUAUCAUUUUUCUUUUUUUCUUUCCCUCUUCCCCUUUGGACAUAACUUUCUGUUGAAGCUGUUCUUUGGCUGGUUGGUUUUAGUACUGUAAACUGCUUCUGAGCAAACACGGAAAUUUAGCAAAAUUAUGUAAACUUGAUCCUGAAGUUUUAGAAUGGCAAAUAAAUGUACAAUUGUUUACAUAACAGAAAAGGCUAAGCAGAAAGUAAAUUUCAAUAUGUCAGUAUAGAGGCUCUACUUUAUGUAGACUUAAAUUAAUGUGAGAUAUGUACCUUCAUAUUCAGAAAUCUGGAUGUUUCCUUCAUACAUUAAACUAUUAAUAAGCAUAA